AUGGCUUAUCUGCCUUCUCCAAGCUUAACUACACUUAAACACAACCCGAAACCUCUAUUUUACUCUCCGCUAAAACCCAAAUCGCUUGACAAUCUCUGCUUCUUGACAAACCAAUUCAAGGUUCAUCCACAUAGAUGUAAUGCAUUCUUUGAUGACAUCCCUGGAAAUGUGUUGGAGAACACUUUGCAUUUGGAGCAGUUUCCUGCUUUUCAAUAUGGGAUCAUGGAGUUUCAGAGAGUUACAGGUGACCUUUCAGAGAAACAGAAAUGGGGUGUUCUGGUUUUUGCUGGGAUAACAUGGAUAUACUUAACUGCAAGGCCAGGUAUUCUCUUAGGUGCCAUUGAUGCAUACCUACUUGCUCCACUGCAACUGGCUUUGGAUAGUGUGGCUGGAAGGAGAAGAUUGAAGAUGACUGAUUUUGUGAUUGGGGACAAGUUGGGAGAAGGGUCUUUCGGGGUUGUUUAUUCUGGGGCCAUUGUUCCGAAGAACAUGAAUGUUGAAGAGAGAAUGCAGAAGAGUGGAAGGGGAAAAGCUUUGCAGCUGGAUGAGAGGUUUAAGGAGAAGGUCAUCCUCAAAAAGGUGAAGGUAGAAAUGCAAGGGGCUGAAGAAUGCGGUGAAGUCGAGGAGUGGUUCAAUUACAGGUUGUCUAGAGCAGCACCUGAAACAUGUGCUACUUUCCUGGGAAGUUUUGUUGCUGAUAGAACAAGUUCACAGUUUACAAAGGGUGGAAAGUGGCUUGUUUGGAAAUUUGAGGGAAACCGGAAUCUUGCUGAUUACAUGACAGAUCGGAAAUUCCCUUUUAACUUGGAAUCUGUCAUGUUUGGACGUGUCUUGCAAGAUGUAGACUCUGUCAAACGCAGUGCCUUGGUCAUCAAGCAAAUAAUGCGACAGAUUAUAACUUCGCUCAAAAAAAUCCAUGACACAGGCAUUGUUCACCGAGAUAUAAAGCCAGCAAAUCUAGUAGUGACAAAAAAGGGGAAGAUCAAGCUCAUCGAUUUUGGGGCAGCCACGGACCUCCGGAUUGGGAAGAACUUUAUUCCAAACCGAGGCAUGCUUGACCCCGACUUCUGUCCUCCUGAACUAUAUGUGCUCCCAGAGGAAACACCGGUGCCUCCUCCAGAACCUAUUGCGGCAGUUUUUUCUCCUAUUCUUUGGCAGCUGAACAGUCCUGAUCUUUUUGAUAUGUAUUCUGCUGGUAUCAUUCUAUUGCAAAUGGCGGUACCAUCCUUAAGGUCUGCGGCAGGCUUGAAAAAUUUCAAUGGGGAGAUAAAAAGAUUUGGAUACGACUUGAAUAAAUGGAGAGAGUCUACUCGCUUGAGGCCUGACUUAUCACUUCUUGAUCUCGAUUCGGGUAGAGGAUGGGAUUUGGCUACAAAGCUGGUCUCAGAGAGAGGUUCCCUAAGAAGGGGAAGAUUAUCAGCAGCAGCUGCUCUGAGGCAUCCUUACUUCUUUUUAGCUGCUGACCAGGCAGCUGCAGUUCUUUCAAAAUUAAGUUUCACCAAAUAG